AUGGCUGCUCCCGCCUCGUCAAGCGCUUCGCUCGCAGCCGCGGACUCCCUCUGUGUCUUCUGCGGCUCAUCGCCGGGAAAUGACCCCGCGUAUGCGCAGCUGGCCGGAGAUGUAGGACGCGCCAUCGCUCAGAAUGGCUGGAGAAUGGUCUACGGUGGUGGUCAAAAGGGGCUCAUGGGCAUCCUCGCCGACUCAGCUCUCGCGUCCAAUGGCCAGGUCCUCGGCGUCAUUCCCUCCGUAAUGACCAGUUCCGCUCCCUCUGGCCAUCCAACGGACUCUUCCGCCUCCAAAGAAGGUCAAGGUCCCUCAACGCAAGUCCACACACACCCUAACAUGCAUACGGAAGUUGUGUCCUCCAUGCACGAGCGCAAAGCCCUCAUGGCCCGCGAGUCUGGCCGCGGUUUUGUAGGCCUGCCCGGCGGAUAUGGGACCUUUGAGGAGGUGCUGGAAAUGGUGACUUGGAGCCAGUUGGGUAUUCACAAUGUGCCGAUUGUCCUGCCGAAUGUGAGGGACUUCUGGGGUCCGCUAGAGCAGCUCGUCCAGUCAGCGGCCAAGAGCGGGUUCAUUACCGAAAAGGGGCUCGACUUGCUCUACGUCCUCCACCAGAAGGAGGUCGACGCCGAGCACGGCGGUGACUGGGGCAAGGCCACGCUCGCUGCCGUGGGCAAAAUGGAGGCGAAGCUACGCGGUCGCCAAGGCUACUGGGCGUGGUCGUCCAACGGCUCGACCCCUUCGCGCCCGGACUUCUCCUCAGCCGCAACAGCCAUCUCGGUGCGCAACCUCACCUACUCCUUCCAACCACACCUUCCCGCUUCUCUACACAAUAUCAAUCUCACCCUCCCGCAAGGCUCGCGCACCCUUCUCAUCGGCGCCAACGGAGCAGGCAAGUCCACCUUGCUCCGUCUCCUAGCAGGCAAGAGGCUCGUAUCAAACAAGUCUGGCACCCCUACCCCGAUCACGGUGUUCGACAGGGACGUCUUCAACUCCCCUCCCUCGGGCAUCACCUACCUGGGCACCGAAUGGGCGAUGAACCCCGUCGUCCGCUCAGACAUCGUCGUGGAUGACUUCCUCAACUCUGUCGGUGGUUACCGAUACAAGGCAAGGCGCGACAGGCUGCUUGACCUGCUGGACGUCGAUCUCGACUGGCAUAUGCACGCCAUCUCCGACGGGGAGCGACGACGCGUUCAGCUUUGCAUGGGUCUAAUGGCCCCCUGGACCGUCCUGUUGCUGGACGAGGUGACGGUCGACUUGGAUGUUCAAGUAAGGAGCGACCUCCUGGCCUUCCUCAAGGAGGAGGCAGAAGAGCGCGGUGCGACAAUCGUGUACGCAACGCACAUCUUCGACGGGUUGCACGAUUUCCCUAGCCACGUCGUACACAUGCGAUUGGGAGAAGUGGUCGACGAGAGCGGGCCCAACGCUCAGGCUGCUCCUUCCCUUCUCUGGCCUCCUAGCGAUAGCGACAUGCAACGCCUUCGCAGCUCGUCCGCUUCGGCUGCUCGCGACAGCAAGGAUGGCGUCCUACUCAACAUCGCGCUGGACUGGUUGCGUGCCGACCGUAAGCUGCGCGAGGAAAGAGAGGCCGCUGCCGGUGACAAGGGGAAGCAGCGUGGCGCGAGGAAGGGGCUGGGUAAGGAUGCCGUGGUUGAGAGUGACUCGGAGAAGUUCUACACUAGGUACGAUUACUCGCAGACGGUCAUGCGAUAGAGAGCGGACGCGCGAGAUGGAGAGCUUUUCAGCAGACAGGAUCAUCGUGUAGCAAGGCAAGUAAGCAGCAUGG